GGGAGGGGCGGCGAGCCCCCGGGAGCCUGGGCGUUAGGCCCGGGCGUGGCGGGGCCCCGGCGGCCUGGGGGUCUCCUGGGGCCACCCCUCCAUGGAUCCCGCAGUCCCGGAGCUCGGUCUCAGAUGACUGAACUGGGCACCGAGCGCUCCUGCUGUCCCUCGCAGUGGACUGACGCCGCAGGGGCUAGCUAGCCGGCUCCGCGCCUCUCCGCGGGAUCCAGACGCCUCCUGGGGCUGCCGGCGGAGGGUCUGAGGCGGCGCGGCCAUGGCUCACCUCCGGGGAUUUGCCAACCAGCACUCUCGAGUGGACCCUGAAGAGCUGUUCACCAAGCUCGACCGCAUUGGCAAGGGCUCAUUUGGGGAGGUCUACAAGGGCAUCGAUAACCACACGAAGGAGGUGGUGGCCAUCAAGAUCAUUGACCUGGAAGAGGCCGAGGAUGAGAUCGAGGACAUCCAGCAGGAGAUCACCGUCCUCAGCCAGUGCGACAGCCCCUACAUCACCCGCUACUUUGGCUCCUACCUAAAGAGCACCAAGCUGUGGAUCGUCAUGGAGUACCUGGGUGGCGGCUCAGCACUGGACUUGCUUAAACCAGGUCCCCUGGAGGAGACGUACAUUGCCACGAUCCUGCGGGAGAUUCUGAAGGGCCUGGAUUAUCUGCACUCCGAACGCAAGAUCCACCGAGACAUCAAAGCUGCCAACGUGCUACUCUCGGAGCAGGGGGAUGUGAAGCUGGCGGACUUUGGGGUAGCAGGGCAGCUCACAGACACGCAGAUUAAGAGGAACACAUUUGUGGGCACCCCCUUCUGGAUGGCGCCUGAGGUCAUCAAGCAGUCGGCCUACGACUUCAAGGCUGACAUCUGGUCCCUGGGGAUCACGGCCAUUGAGCUGGCCAAGGGGGAGCCUCCAAACUCUGACCUCCACCCCAUGCGCGUCCUGUUCCUGAUUCCCAAGAACAGCCCACCCACGCUGGAGGGCCAGCACAGCAAGCCCUUCAAGGAGUUCGUGGAGGCCUGCCUCAACAAGGACCCCCGCUUCCGGCCCACAGCCAAGGAGCUCCUGAAGCACAAGUUCAUCACACGCUACACCAAGAAGACCUCCUUCCUCACGGAGCUCAUCGACCGCUACAAGCGCUGGAAGUCAGAGGGGCAUGGCGAGGAGUCCAGCUCUGAGGACUCUGACAUUGAUGGCGAGGCGGAGGACGGGGAGCAGGGCCCCAUCUGGACGUUCCCCCCUACCAUCCGGCCGAGUCCACACAGCAAGCUUCACAAGGGGACGGCCCUGCACGGCUCACAGAAGCCUGCGGAGCCUGUCAAGAGGCAGCCGAGAUCCCAGUGCCUGUCCACGCUGGUCCGGCCCGUCUUCGGAGAGCUCAAAGAGAAGCACAAGCAGAGUGGCGGGAGCGUGGGUGCGCUGGAGGAGCUGGAGAACGCCUUCAGCCUGGCCGAGGAGUCCUGCCCCGGCAUCUCAGACAAGCUGAUGGUGCACCUGGUGGAGCGAGUGCAGAGGUUUUCACACAACAGAAACCACCUGACAUCCACCCGCUGAAGUGUGCUGCUGUUCAGAUAGGGGACAGAAGGUCCUUUGUUUUUGUUCUGAGCUCCGUAAGAACUGUGCUGACUUGGAAGGUGCCCUGUGCUGUGUCGUGCCUGCGGGGACACAUCAGAUCCUGUGGGCCUCACAUGCCAGGUCACCAGGUCACCGUCUCCUUCCACCCCUGCAGUGUGCUGUUCUGCACAUCGGGGAUGCUGUUCUAUAUGCCCACUGCCCUCCUCCCUCUCCUGGCCCAGCAGUAGAGCUCACGGGGGCUCCAGCAGCUGGUGUGGCCCUCAUGAGCUACGCCUGGGUCUUCUGCAGACUCACGCAGCCCUAUGGCCGCUCAGACCAAGACGCAGAGCAACUAUCAGGGCAGCUCUGCCUUCUCUUCCCAUGAGGUGGGGAGAGGCAACAGGGCAGCCCCCAGAGAAGUGUCCUGGCCACUGUCCUCCCAGGGCCCAUGAUGGCCAUAGAUUUGCCUUGUGGUGUUGGAUCAGGUACUGUGUCUGCUCAUAAGUACUUGUGUCAUCCAGAAUGUUUUGUUUUUUAAGAAUAUUGAAUUUACUUGUUUCCUGAAAUAUUCUGAGGUUAAUAUGUUAGUUUUCAUAGAACAUUGAGAGGCCCCUGCCACUUUCAAUAAAGACCUGACUUGGAGACA